AUGGAGUGCAACAGGGAGGAGGCUAUUCGAGCCAAACACAUUGCUGAAAAAAAUAUGCAAUUUGGAGACUUUACUAGAGCAAAGAAUAUUGCCCUGAAAUCCCAGAAACUUUCUCCUGAUAUUGAGAACAUAUCGCAGAUGCUUACUGUCUGCGAAGUGCUGUGCACUGCAGAAGCAAAAUUGAAUGGGCAUCACGACUGGUAUGGGAUCCUUCAAGUAGAUCCUACAGUAGAUGAAUCCGUGAUAAAGAAACAGUAUAGGAAGCUUGCUCUCCUGCUUCAUCCCGACAAGAACAAGUUUUUUGGGGCAGAAGCUGCCUUCAAGCUUGUUGGGGAUGCCCAUAGGAUGCUUUCAGAUCGGGCUAAACGUUCUAUUUAUGACAUGAAGAGGAAGAUGACCCUCCCGACUGCUGGAGAGAAACAACCACCUCGGAAAUCGAAGAAAUAUUCGAAUCCUAUGAAGCAAGCUGCAGUUUCUAACGUUCAUCAAAAUUCUGCCUCCGUACCACUGAAAGAGCAAAAAAGAGAUACAGCAUGUGCCGCUCAGAUAACAACAUUCUCGAAUCAUUGUGGACUCCAACGGAACAGUGAUACUCAAGGUCAGGGUACCAGUGUCAUCAGUCCACAAAUCAAGAGUGGGAACUACUUCUCAUGUACAGAUUCCCAAGGGGCAUCCAAUAGAAGACCCGUAACACCACAAUCUAGCACACAAGUGGGAGUUAGCAGUGUUGUUGAUGAGGGGUCUGGAGACAAAGUGAAAGAAAGCGGUCAGAUGGAGAGUGAAAUUAGAGAUGAAGAUGAAGCGCAGUGCAAGGAGGUGAAACUUGAGAAAGUUUGCGAGAGGAAUCCUGUUGUGCCAUCAUCAGCAAGUCCCCGCUUGAAAUGGCGGAUAAACAUGUUACUCGAGAUGAGUGACAGUGACAGUACUGACUGCGAUGCUGCAGUUAGUGGAGAAAUGAGGCAUGACUCUGUAGGGAGUCAAGGAAUGACUGGCUGCUGCUAUUCACAACGAUCUACACAGCAGAAGCAUAACGUAUCGCAUGCUGAGGGCACAAAUACUGAUGAUAACUUCAAGAACCGCAUUCAAUUGAAAAACUUGACUAAGAAGUCGCACAAUGAUGAUCAGAUUAAUAACCCAUCUUCCAAAAAUGGCUUGGAAUUUCCUACCAGCACCUCAAGAGGCAAGUUCAAAAGCAUUAAGAGAGUUGCCAUCCCCCUUGAAGAGGAUCUGCCAACUGGAGAUACAGUCAGAAGAAAACGCAGGAAAGGAUCUGGAUGCUUAAAAGUGACACAUGAGGUUGGUUCAAUUCCUCACCCUGCUGCAGUCCAACUCGGCCCAGCCACUUCCUUGUCCUACCCUGACCUAGAAUUUUAUGACUUUGGAAAGGACAGGAACCCAAGCUGUUUUGCUGUUCAUCAGAUCUGGGCGCUCUACGAUGAUUUAGAUGGCAUGCCUAGACGUUACGCCAGAAUCUCGAGUGUUUCUUCAACAGGUUUUAAGGUGCGCUUCACCUGGUUAGAGUACGACCCACUGAGCCUGACCGAAAUAGGCUGGUCAGCCAAGGAGCUCCCUGUAGGAUGCGGGAAUUUCAUACUUGGGAGAAGAGAAAACAAAGUGGAUAUCAAUAUGUUCUCUCACAUAAUGCCAUUGACUAAAGGGUCAAAAAGGAAUUCUUAUCGGAUACUCCCUAAAAAGGGUGAGGUUUGGGCUCUUUUCAAAGGCUGGACUAUCGAGUGGAGCGCCAAUCCAGAUCAACACCGACAGUACAAGUACGAAUUCGUAGAGGUCCUUUGUGAUUUUGCUGUUGGUGAGGGCGUCAACGUUGCUUUUCUGGCCAGGGUCAAAGGAUUUUUCAGCCUAUUUUGUCGAGGACAUGGUGGAGUCGAUACACGUCACAUACCAUCGAGUGAGGCACUUCGAUUCUCACACAAGAUUCCUUCAUAUAGAACAACAGGGAAAGAAACGGAGGGCAUCCCACAAGGAUUUUAUGAGCUCGAUCGUCCUUCUCUUCCCAGAAACGUCGAAGAAACCUUUCCUACUGUGAAUCUCGAUGAAGCUAGAGAGUACGUCUUCAAGAACAGGAAUUCUGCUAUCAAAUCGGAAAAUAAUGGCAUUUUCACGAGUAUGGAAGUGCGAAAUGUGAUGAUUGGAGCGGAGAAAGCCCUUGAAGGCGAUAGCCAUUCUCCUGUUGAGCUGAAUGGCUCCGGCGAGAAGAAACACAGUUGCCAUUCAGGGACGACUUUCUGCGGAAAAGGCCCUUUGGAGGAAGCCCAAGUCAACGUGUUCCCUUAUUGCGGCGGUAGUCCGGCUGGAAAUGGUAAAAGCCCUGCCUCAAAAUCUUCACGCCCCAAGGUGGUUGAAUAUCAUGAUUCAGAAUUUUACAACUUUGAGUUAGAAAGAUCCAAGGGAAAGCUGAAAACUGGUCAGAUAUGGGCAGUUUUCUAUGAGACUGAUGGCUUCCCGAAAUACUAUGCCUUGAUCAGAGGCGUUGACCUUGAAGAUUUUAAGGUACGUGUGACGUGGCUAGAAGCUUGUCAACUCUCGGAAGAGGAGAGGAGAUGGUCGGAUAAUAGCCUCCCCAUUGCUUGUGGAAGGUUUAAGCUUUGUUCGGGAAGAGAAGGCAAUGAAGAAUACGAUACUGCUGGCGUGUUCUCUCAUCUGGUUUGGCCGUCACGUGUCGAGAGCAGUCAACUGUACGACAUCUAUCCGCAGGUUAACGAGGUGUGGGCUCUGUACAAGAACUGGAACCCUUCGUGGAGGACACCAGACAUUGAGAGAUGCUUCAAGAAGGGUGAGUACGAGGUGGUGGAGGUCCUCUCCAGCCAUGCCUCAGUGAUGAUGGUAGUUCCACUGGACAAGGUCAGCGGCUUUAGAUCUGUGUUUAAGCCCAGAAGAAACAAUAAAUUUUCAGAAAACAUUGAGAUACCCUGUAAUGAGUUCUUGAGAUUCUCGCAUCAGAUCCCAUCUUUCCGGUUGACCGAGGAAAGGGGUGGCAGGUUGAGGGGCUGCUGGGAACUUGAUCCUGCAUCAAUGCCUGAUGGCUUCCUCUCGAAGGGUUGA